GACUCUACCACUCUUCACAUUGAGCCCCCCGCCGACUGCUGGCUGGGCUCCUCUUCCCGCAGUCAUGUCGUCCACUUCCUCCACCCCACUUCCUCCUCCUCCUCAACCACCCCCAACCAUCUUCGUCACAGUCGGGUCCACCGCCUUCUCGCCCCUAAUCGCGCGCAUCCUCUCCCCCUCGAUCCUCUCCCUCCUCCCGUCAAACUCCAAGCUCGUUGUCCAGUACGGGAAGAGCGAUCUCGCCUCUAUUCUCGCAGGAGAGGAAGGACUACUGGCUUCCUCCUCCGCUGAAAGCUCCUCUUCACAAACUGCUGCAGCUGCCUCCACCUCAGCGGGCUUUACGCAGAUCGACGCAGGUAGUGAGCUUGUCCCCUCGGCCGGACUUAGGAAGACGCAGCAGGGAGGGUACAGCUGGAAGGGCACAGCGCGCAGUGCUCUUGAUCCGGGCAGGACAGGAAAGAUCCAGGGUUGGGAGUUACUUGAUGGUAGAGAAGAGGACGAAGAAGAGCAGCAGCGGCAACAGGGACAGGGUGGGACGCAGAGUGGUGUGAGGCGACGAAGGGGGAGGAGGAGCAGCAGCAGCAGCAGAACGGACAGCAGAGGGGAAGUAGGGGGCAGCAUAUCCUCUGCUUCUUCGAGCGAUUGCUCCUCCGUAGACGAUUCAGCACAAGAGGAAGUCUUCCUACAACGUUCAUCCCCUGCACGGGGUCACGCCGGUGCAACGUUCCUCACCUCCCCACCGACCCUCAACUUCAAGACUUCCCCGCCGCAGAGCGUCAGCAUAACACUCAUGGCCUAUGUCCCCAGUUUAACGCCCCACCUCAAGGAGGCAAAUCUCGUCAUUGCCCACGCUGGCGCAGGAACCAUCCUCGAAACGCUCCGUCUCCCUUCAUCUUCUGUCUCCACUCCCCCCGCCCUCCUUCUAGUACCAAACGAGUCUCUAAUGGACAAUCAUCAACUCGAACUCGCACAGGCUAUCCAUGCAGGCGGGUGGGCGAGGUGUGCUUCUCUGAACUCAAAGUCGCACAACUCUUCCCACUCGCAAGGCCAAGGGCACAAGGAACCGCAAACGUCUCAAGAGUCUGGCGGUGAAGAGUUUGCCUCGCUGGAAGAGGAGCUUCGCCUACUUCUCGCGCCAUGGAAGGCUAGAGAGCAGGAGGGCGCAUCGCAGAGAGGGCAUAACAGGAGCACAAGCCCCAGCAGCAGGUGGCAGCCCCGACCCUUUCCGCGUGCAGAGCCGGACCGCUUUCGUCGCUUGGUGGACGAGGAGAUGGGCUACUUGUAGAGUGGGGGAUAGUGACAGAGGGAAGUCCUGUCACUGUGUGUACAUGUGUAUGAAUGUAUGUAUUUGUACGAGCUCGAUACGUGCAAGAGCACCAGAGGGAUGCUUCUUCGUUCUUGCUCUCCUCUCCUUCCACACCGUCUCACCCGCUCCGCC